UGAACUGUGUGCAAGAAACAAUGAUUCACCUUCAUCCUAAAACGCAAGCUAUGUACCCUAAAGAGCAAGAAACCUGAAGCUUUCCCAGACUGCGGACGAGUCUCUAAAUCAUGAAUAGUAUCAAAUACUUGUUGCUGGUGUCUCUGUGUGGCUCAGACAUCCCUAGAGCAGGAGCCUUAAAGGAUAUUAGCCCAUUCAUUAGGCGAUAUGAAGGGCUGUCAUACGACAGAAGGGCUGUGCAAAGGAGCCAUGAGAGAGCUAAAAGAGAGACACAAGAGCACAAGCGUGUCAUCCAGCUAGACUUCACAGCUUUCCAGAGGGCUUUUCACUUACGGCUGAGGAGAGACACUACAGGGUUCACAGAAGAUUUUAGGAUUCAAUUAAAAAAUGCAUCCCAGUCUGCUGACCUCUCUCAUAUUUACUCAGGAGGACUGGAAGAUGAAAGGGGUUCAUCCUGUCAUGGCUCUAUCCUUGCUGGACAAUUUGAAGGAUUCAUUCAGACUCAGAAUGCUACCUAUUAUGUAGAGCCAAUCGAGAGAUACAGCACAAGCCACUCGGAGCACCACUCCAUUAUAUACCGAGAAGAUGACAUGGAUUCCUCUCCUCUGAGAAACGGCGGGGCGGGUUUCUGUGGCUCAAGAAGACUCCUGCGCUUCACACAGGACAGCUCUAACCAGGCCAUGUCCAGAUCCCGGAGGACAGUGGACUCCUCUAAAACCAGCUGCACACUCCACCUGCGCACAGACCACCUCUACUUCAAGAAGUUUGGGAGUGUGGAAGCCAUCGUGGCACAGGUGGGGAGCUACAUCAGAGCCGUGAAUGACAUUUAUCACAGAGCAGAUUUUGAGGGCAUCAGGCUGAUCAACUUCAAAGUCAAAUUAUUAGAAAUUAUUACAGAAGAUGACCCUUCCAGUCCGCUCUACCCUGCGUUUAUUGGGCCAGAGAAGCUCCUGAUGCUGUUCUCUGAAACAAACUGGGACAAGUACUGUCUGUCCUACCUGCUGACCAACCGGGACUACAGCGGUGUGCUGGGGCUGGCUUGGGAGGGGAAGCCAGGGAACUCGGGGGGAAUAUGUUCCAAGUAUGCCAAGUUCAAAGACGGCUCCUCUGCAUCCCUGAACACAGGCCUGAUCACACUGCAGAACUACGGACAGUAUCUUCCUGCAAGGAUGGUGCACUUCACCAUAGCCCACGAGCUGGGCCACAGCCUGGGCGCGCCGCACGAUGAGGGGUCCAACUGUGGGGAACUAGGCUCCCUCGAUGGAAAAGGAAGAUAUUUGAUGUUCCCACAAGCGUCUAAUGACAGACAGGAGAAUAAUGACAAGUUCUCACCCUGCAGCAUUCAGCUCAUUAGCAAACUCCUGAGAGCCAAGAAGGACCAGUGCUUCGUAGUGAUUGACCAGCCCAUCUGUGGGAACCAGAUAGCAGAGGAAGGGGAAGAGUGUGAUGUGGGUCACAACGACAGCGACCCCUGUUGCUACAGUGCCAACCAGCCACGGACCAUCCAAUGCAAGCUCAAGCCUCACAAGCAAUGCAGCCCCAGUCAAGGGCCCUGCUGCAGCUCCCAGUGUGUCCUCAGGCCCCCUGGAGUGGUCUGCAAGGAGGAGUCCGAGUGCCAGCUGGCAAUCUCCUGCUCUGGAUCCGCUGCCGCCUGCCCCACCCCCGCCUCCAAGCCCAACACCACCGUCUGCGGCCGGGGAACACGCAUCUGUACCAAGGGGGAGUGUGGCCGGUCGCUGUGUGUGAAGUAUGGCCUGGAGCAGUGUGACUGUCUUGGGAACUCCAUGAGUGAAAAGUGCUAUCUGUGCUGCCAACAGCCAGGCAAGCCAGAAACCUGUGCGAGCACCACGUCAUCCGUGCUGUCCCAGUAUUUCAGCGGCGCGCGCCUAGCCCUGCUGCCCGGCACCCCCUGCUCCGGCAAGCAGGGCUACUGCGACAGAUUCAACGUGUGUCGCCUGCUGGAUGCGGAUGGACCUAUUGCCCGGCUGAAGAACUCCUUCCUCCACCUCAAUGAGUUUGAUGACCUGGCAGAAUGGAUGAAGGCACAUUGGUGGGGCAUUCUCCUGGCUAUCCUGACGCUGUCUGCCAUGAUGGCCAGCACUGUGUUCUUGUUCGGGAGACGCCAGCCUUCAGGACAGGACUGAGCUCAUUCUUCUUCUCUUUCUCACCACACGCACGUCAAUCCUAAACACUGAAAGGAGAAAACCAGUCUUCCUCUGUGUUUUUCCCAGUGUACUGUUUUGUUGCUUCGUAUUUCUUUUACUUGUCAACAAAUUGGCCCAACAUCAGGGCCUGUGGAGUUAUUUGCCCAGAAGUGUUUGUGUUCUAAAUCAACCAGAAUAAUGGAAGUAUUACUGUGAUCAAUGGACAACAAAUCUAAUGAAAGCAGUGUACAAGCACAUUCAGAAUGCAUAGAGGGUUCUGACUGACCGCUCAGUCACAGCCAUCUUUCACACCUCGGGACAAAUUUGACUAUUCCUCUAGCAUCAGAAUAGCCCCGAUGCCCAGUUUCUUAAAAAUGUAGUGCUUUAUAAAUCAAACAUCUUGAAAAAAGAAGGCCAGAAACAUAAUGAGUUGUGAUUCUGAUGGAAAGCUCUGCACUAGCAUGGUGUGAAAUUUCCUUGAAUGGGCCAUGUAGCACAAAGACACCUGACUUUUGUGUCUAAUGCAGGUCGAUACAAUGUGAAGUUUUAGCAAAAGCCUUCCACUUUCCUUGAACUGCAGAGUAUAAACAUUGAUAGUUGUACGUCUAAUGGGGAACAUGCUUUAGCAAUUAAGGGGAGGGAGAGUAUCAACCGAAAGGAAGGGUUUCGCCCUUUAAGUUUAAUCUAUGUUGCUUUGGUAACACUGUGGCUGGCCUCUGUAAUCUCUGAGACAUUGAAAGAAUUACCUCAGGCUGUAAAGAGGCACCUUGUCAGCAGACGCAGGUGUGCAUUGAGACAAAACCUUGAACUUAUCUGUCAGCACUGUGGCCAAAAGGGAAAAGGCAUUUUUUCCCUGUUGUCCUUACUGACCUGAGAAUAUUUCCUUGUUGUACACUUGUGAAAAGUGUUGUUGUGUAUUUUUUCUUAUAUUACUAAAGGAGACUCUUAGCCUGGACAAUCAUUAGGAUGUAUUUUAUUUUAAACACAUGUGUAGUUAUAUACAGUGAGGCUACAAAAGCAGGUUUUGUUUUUCUUACUAGUCUGUGAAACCCACCCCCUUAUAAACAAAACAUAUAUACAUAAAUGGUCGACGCUAUCAUUCUCAAUUUUACAUCAAUAUGAACACAGUAUAAACAUGUUAAAAUUCUAGUGUUGCACUGGCCAUCUGGGACCUUGCAGUACAAUCUGUAACAACACUGCUAAAAUAAAUAAAUCUCUACAAGCACCAGUGAUCAAAAGUACUUCUGAUCUUUCCUGCUAUUCCAACACAAGUGUAGAGUUGGAAUGGCAAAAAAGAUGAAAAAAUCAGAACUUAGAUGCAUCCCUCUCAAAUACUGAGAAUAAUACAUGUGCAAACAUAUGCAGGAAGCUCAGUUCUAUUCAUUAUUAAACUGAUACAUUAUAAACUGAGAUAAGGUUUAUUAAACAUUAACCAUUUAUUUUCCAUUUGAUUAUUUUCUUCUCUUUUCACAAUAACAGUUAAUAAUUAACUCUCUGGUGCCAUUGGAUAGUUUUUACACCUUCUGCCCACUUCGAAUAAAUAUAUUUGUUUUGAUUAUUAAUUUUUUUUUGUCCUUAAGGGCGCAUAACACAAACAACAGAUGAAUACAGUGCUCUUCCAGUUAUUAAAGUAAUUAUUAAUUUAUUUAAAUUUAUAUUAUAUAUGUAGUCAAUAAUGAAUUAUUAAAGUAUUGAAGUUAUCUUCCAUUCUUCCAUUCCAGCUAGUGGUAACAAGAAAUCAACCCACCACAACUGAAAUCUGAACUAUUUAAAUAACAAGUGAAGAAUAAUCAAUGAUUUGAACUUGAACUCUUCAUGAUCCAAAACACAUGACGUGUCAUGUCAAAAGAGAGUAUGCUGAUCUUCAUAAAAUACUAAGCAGUUAAUUUGGAGAAUAAAUGGACAGAUACAACAAGCAUUCAAGCUGUUCGAUCCAGUUGACCUAGGAAAAAGAGACAAUUGAAGACAAAACAGGAAACACCUUUUGGUCUGUGCUAUUAUCAUUUGGAGUGUCAGAACUGUAGUUCCUCGACUUGCACUGGUGCCUGAAACACUGAUAGUAAAUUGUGUCUAUGAAUGUGCACAGGUCACCUGAUUGUUCUGGGUCUUUUCUAAAAGCAGCAAAUGAGACUUUCAGGAUUGUCUAUGCAGAUAAACUACAGUGCAUGAAUAAUGGAAAGCUAUGCACUUGUAACAGAGUCAAGUAUUUUAAAGCACUUUAUAAAAACUCCCUACAGCACAAAAUGAAACACAUUUGUACUGUAAGUGCUUUCUAAUUUAGAAACAGAAAGUGUACUGCUGUUCAUGUCUCAUCUAGUAAGGUGAUUUUUUUUCUAAUGAGACCUAAUCCAUUCACAUGUUAAAGGCAGGCUUUUUUAUUCUGUCUUUCAUUUUAAAUUUUAAAGGGGAACAACUACAAACAUCCAUCCAUUCUCUAACCACUUUUACACCAAUUUGUGUUGGAGCAAGCAACGGGCACAAGGCAGGGUUCACCCUGAAUGGAUGCCAGUCCAACUACUAACAUGACUGACUUCAAAUGAAAAACUAUUUGGGAAGCUAUUUGCUGCCUAUUUCAAGA